AGUUCCAUACACAUGCGCCAUCUGCGUUAAAAGUGGCAACUUUCCUGCGAAGAACACGCUUCCCGUUCUUUGCAUUGCGAUCAAGAUGUCGACACACAAAAAGAAGACCAGGAAGCUUCGUGGUCAUGUGAGUCACGGCCAUGGUCGCAUAGGUAAACACAGAAAACAUCCUGGUGGACGUGGUAAUGCUGGUGGUUUACACCACCAUCGUAUCAACUUUGAUAAGUACCAUCCUGGUUACUUUGGAAAGCUUGGUAUGAGAAAUUACCAUUUAAGGCGAAAUACAAAAUGGUGUCCUACUUUAAAUUUGGACAAACUAUGGACACUGGUUUCUGAACAGACCAGGCUUAAAUAUAAGGAUUCUACAGAAAAAGUACCAGUAAUUGAUCUUGUAAAAGCGGGAUACUACAAACUUUUAGGAAAGGGACACCUUCCCAAACAACCAGUUAUUGUCAGAGCUAAAUUUUUCAGUAAAUCAGCAGAAGACAAAAUUAAGGCUGUUGGAGGUGUUUGUGUGCUUAGUGCUUAAGCAUGCAAGAACUAUUUUUACGGAUAAACUUGCUGUACAUUCUACUAAGUUUAUAUUAAUAAAAUUAAAAACAGAAAAUCAAA